AUGGGCUAUCCAGUUAUCUUUGUGUUUGAAAGCAUCUACUACCCCAUUCUUGCAGCAGUUGGUAUUACAGUUAACCUGGUGGCGAUUGUAAUCCUGUGCCGGGGAAAAUGCGGACUCUCUAAAUGCAUUACUCGCUAUUUGGUUGCCAUGGCAAUGGCAGAUCUAAUGGUAGUGAUUGUUGAAGUCAUACUGAAGCAAAUUAACAACAUUUAUUUUCCGAUAAAUUUUUUGUUCAUCACUCCGGUCUGUGCCACAAUACUUGUCAUAAAGAUUGCCACCCUCGAUUGCUCUGUUUGGUUCACGGUUGCUUUUACCUUUGAUCGCUUUGUGGCCAUUUCUUGUCAAAAACUCAGACCAAGGUACUGUACCGAGAGGACAGCAAGUGUGGUUAUAGCCACAGUGUGUAUGCUGGCCUGUUUGAGGAGCAUCCUGUUUUACUUUACGAAUGAACCCAGUUAUGUGAUUAACAACAUUCCAUAUCUCUGCAUUGGAACUGCUGUCUAUUAUACCUCACCCCUGUGGAUGGCUUACGAGUUGUUCGACAGUAUAGUAACUCCUUUGACACCAAUCCUUUUCAUCCUUUCAUUUAAUGCCCUUACCGGUAAACAUAUUAUAAAGUCCAAUAAAAUCCGGAGGGUGCUUGUGAGUAACAGCGAUAAUCGCAAUGAUCCUGAGAGUGAGAACCGUAAGAAGUCAAUGGUUUUGCUCUUCACUCUAUCUGGCAACUUCAUCCUCCUCUGGAUGCCAUAUUUUGUACAUUCCUUAAAAUGGCGAAUGAGAAACUACAGUUACAAGGACAAGUAUUACAGCAACCCCAUAUACAUCAACCAGCAAACGGGAUUCAUGUUGCAACUACUCAGUUCCUGCACCAACACUUGCAUCUAUGGACUGACGCAGAGGAAUUUCAGACAGGAGCUGAAAAAUGGGGUGAAGUAUCUGGUCACACUGAAUGGGAAACUCUGUAAAUAG